GAGGCCUUGAUAUCGAGGCACCAAUAAGGGAUUGUGGUUAGCCGGAGAUAGUUCCUACGCGCCCGAUCCGAUGCGUCUGAUGAUGCGUCCGAGCAUCACUCUUCCAACUUACCUCCUUUCAAUUCAUCAAACGCCAUGUCCAAUUGACUGCUUGUGUUUCUUCGCUCAGUUUCAAUGCGUAAUUAAUGCAAUGGACGUUGCAUCUCAAUCUUCUCGCGCGGAGUUGAACCCGUGCUACGCGAUAGGGGGGAGCUCCAGGCCAGAACCGCAAAUCUCCGACAAACUUCCCUCCUUAGGUCGAAGUAGGCAAGGAGCCAAGUACCUAAACUCUGUCGUGUGUCGUCCUGAUAUGCCGCUUCUGAGCGCCGGUCCAGUCCGGCCUUUCAGUAUAUUCUACUUCCUCGAAAUAUUCGAAGCCACGGUUACAUUGCGUCACUGUCUCAGAGCAGGUUCCGCUUGAGAUAGCGAAUCGAUGUGACCGGAGUGUCGAGCAGCGGUGAAGAUAUUCUCUCAGCUACGGAGGCAUCGUCAGGUGAUAUAUCUGUAUAUCCUCACUAGGACCAUCAUCGCCGGAUCAUCGCCGGAUGGGG